ACAGAUUUCUUAAAGUCUAUGUUUUGUGGGGGGGCGGAGGAGCAUGUUUUUUAAAAGAAGUCUACGCGCACUGAGAAGACGGAACAUGCGCAUAAACACUCCUUUACGUCACUGGUCCCUGAGCGGUACAGCGGCCUCGCGACCCUCCGGGCCUCGUCUACGCAUGUGCGGGGUAUAGGGCUGCGAGACUCCAAUAGCGGCCAAGAUGUCGGCGCAGGGCGAUUGCGAGUUCUUGGUCAAGCGAGCCCGGGAGCUGGUUCAGGGGGAUCUGUGGGCGGCCAAGGCCUGGCUUAUCACUGCACGAAGCCUCUAUCCGGCAGAUUUCAACAUUCAGUAUGAGAUGUACACAAUUGAGAGGAAUGCAGAGCGGACAGCAUCAGCAGGCAGAUUGCUCUAUGACAUGUUUGUAAACUUUCCAGAUCAACCAAUGGUGUGGCGGGAGAUUAGCGUUAUUACAUCAGCAUUAAGGAAUGACUCUCAGGAUAAGCAGACUCAGUUUUUAAGAGGUUUAUUUGAGACCCUUCCAGGUCGUGUCCAAUGUGAAAUGUUACUGAAGGCCACAGAGCAGUGCUUCAAUACACUAGAACGGGCAGAAAUGUUGCUCUUGCUUCUGCGACGUUUCCCUGAGACUGUGGUUCAGCAUGGGGUGGGCCUUGGGGAAACUUUAUUAGACUCGGAAAAUAUUGAAGACCAAGAUUCACCUGUCAACUGCUUUAGAAAAUUAUUUGUUUGUGAUGUCCUUCCCCUAAUUAUUAACAACCCUGAUGUGCGACUCCCCUCCAACCUGUUAUAUAAGUACCUGAAUAAAGCUGCUGAAUUUUAUAUUAAUUAUGUGACCAGAUCUGCGCAGACUGAAAACCAGUAUCAAGGAACACAGGACACAUCUGACCUUGUGUCGCCAAGCAAACGUAGCUCUCAGAAAUACAUAAUAGAAGGCUUGACUGAGAAAUCGUCUCAGAUUACAGAUCCCUGGGAGAGGGUGUUCAAGAUACUAUCUGUAGUGGGUGUAAGAUGCGAAUGGCAGAUGGAUAUGGCACGAAGGAGUUUUGGUGACAUACUGCUCAAAAUGAAGGAUGUCUGCAGAUACAUCAGUAACUAUGAUAAUGAAGCUCAUACCAAGUACAAAACCCAAGUGGUGUAUUCCACAAUGCUGGUCUUCUUCAAGAAUGCAUUCCAGUAUGUCAGCAGCAUUCAACCUUCUCUCUUCCAAGGGCCAAAUGCUCCAAAUCAAGUCCCACUGGUUCUCUUAGAGGAUGUGUCCAAUGUUUAUGGUGAUACUGACAUUGAUCGUGGCAAACACGUACAUAAAAAGCGGAAACUUGCUGAAGGAAGAGAGAAAACGAUGAGCUCUGAUGACGAGGAUCCUUCUGGGAAGGGGAGAAGCAGGCUCAUUACAGUAAGUGCAGCAGACCUUUCAAACUCCAUUGAAGUACAAGAGAGCUUCAGGCUGGCUAGGGAAAGCUGGGAGCUUCUACACUCAUUGGAAAUACUGGAGAAAGAUUUUGCAAGAAUUUGUGCAACGUGGAAGACUGAUUCCUGGCUUUGGCUACGGAUCUUCCUCACUGAUAUGAUUAUCUAUCAGGGUCAGUACAAGAAAGCCAUUUCUAGCUUGCUUCGUUUAGCAGCCCUGCAGGGAUCUCACUCACACCAGCAGAUCACAGGGCAAGGCUUGCUAGAGAAUCAACGAGCCCUGAUCCAGCUAGCAACCUGCCACUUUGCCCUUGGAGAAUACCGCUUGACCUGUGAAAAGGUACUUGAUUUAAUGUGCUACAUGGUCCUUCCUAUACAAGAGGGGGCUAAACUCCCGGAAGAACAACCUAAAAUGAAAUCAAAAUUCAGGAAAGCUUCGGAGCUGAAGCUCUGGCCAUGUACCAGUAAAGCUAUUAUGCCCUAUUGCCUACGGUUACUGUUAGCUUGUUUUAAGCUGAGAGCUUUCACAGACAAUCGGGAUGACAUGGCACUGGGUCAUGUGAUUGUGUUGCUCCAACAUGAGUGGCCAAGAGGUGAAAACUUGUUCUUGAAAGUAAUCAACAAAAUCUGCCAACAAGGAAAUUUCCAAUAUGAAAACUUUUUCAACUAUGUGACAAAUAUUGAUAUGUUGGAAGAAUUUGCCUACUUAAGAACACAAGAAGGAGGAAAAAUUCACCUGGAGUUGCUGCCAAAUCAGGGGAUGUUAAUAAAGACUUCUAGCCCUCCGCUGGGGUUACUGCAGCAGGAAUUCAUACCUGUACUACAGCCCAGCAUACAGACUGCUGACAGGCAUCACACAGUUACCAGGGGAAUAACCAAAGGUGUGAAGGAAGAUUUCCGCCUGGCAAUGGAACGCCAAGUGUCACGCUGUGGGGAGAACCUGAUGAUGGUGUUGCACAGAUUCUGCAUCAAUGAAAAGAUCUUGCUACUUCAGACACUAGCCUGAAUCCCAUGGACUCCCUCCUGAAGCAUAUCACUUAGAAGUGGAAAGCAGAGAGCUAUGUGAAUGUUUGAGGUCACAUUACAGUUAUCCUGAAAUCCCUGGCUCAGCUUGCUGGGUCAGUUAACUAAACUUGGAAGUAUAGUUCACAUUACCAGAACUUCACUGUAUCUUUUGGUAAACCUUUUGAGUUGGAAAUUUGUAAAUAAAAUAAAAUGUGUUUUGCUAUAA